CGGAGCGUGCGCAGUGCGGAGCGAACUAUCCCAGUCCGAGUACAGCAGAGAGGCAGAGCUGCCUGCGCUGGUGCUGCUCAGUGUGCCUGCCAAAGGAGGGUAAUCUGCAGAGGCAUUUCUGUGGUGGAGCUGUCUGUGGAAGAGGCUGGCCCGUGCACAGCCUGGCAGGAGCCUUUUAAGUGCAGAUAAGUGUCCAGAGGACGUUGGAAGACUAUGACACGCCCUGUCAUUUACAGAACAUGCUGCUGCAGUGCUCUUGCUCCCUGUGAUCAUUUGAAUUCAUUUGUUCUCUGGGAGUAGCAUUGUUAAGGGAUGCACUUCUAAGUUUCUCUUUCUUUCCCCCAACCCUGCCUUAAAAAGACCCAGUCUGGUCCACUUUGUUUUUCAGCAGCCUCUAGGCCAUUUCUGUGGUGGAAGUAUCCAAAAUACUGUCCCAGAAACUUCAGCAUAGGAGUCCAGCUACCAGAGUGUGUCACGGUGGGUGUGGUUGCAGGAAACCUCCCUGCACCCAGGCCUCUGCUGUCACCUCAGUGCCAACUGCUUAAGGAAGAGGAGUUACUUGAGCUGAAAUAGAUUUCACUGGAGCAAACGUCUCUGCCCAAGCAGGAACAGCUCUACCCUCCCUGAAUUCUGCUGGUGGCAAUGUCUCCUUGGGCUGGGCUCCUCUCCACCACUGCCAGAGUCAGCCUGCUGCUGCUGCUGGGGUCUGUGCUGUUCUCCUGCUCCAGCCUGGGCCAGAGAGUGCCUGAGUUUGCCCUUACGAAAAUAGAAGAGAGCGACAUAAAAGAUGACAGUGGGAAGGAGCUGGGGACAGAGGAUGACGCUGAUCCUGAAGACCUGGAAGUGUUUUACCCCACGGAUCAGUGGCAAACCCUGCGUCCAGGUCAGGCUGUUCCUGCAGGGUCACACAUACGGCUGAACCUGCAGACAGGAGAGAGAGAAGCCAAGCUGCCAGACAGAGAAAAUGGAGAAAGUGGCACGAGAGAAGAGAAAGGAAGGAAAAGGCUGGGCAAGGUUGAUCUUGAUGCAAAUUCAUUCACAUCUGAGGAGCUCAAAAAGGCCUUGGCUAAAAUCAAGGAAAGUGAGAAGGCAGAAAGGAAGGCCCGAGAGGAAGAGGUGAGGAAGAAGUUCCGGCCCAUAGAGCAGCUGAAGGAGGAGUUUGAAAAGCUGAACAUGAAGAUAGAAACAGAUUAUGAAAUUAUGGUUAAAUUAAUCAGCAAAUUCAACAGCUCUGCCUCCACGCUGGAUGAAAAAGUCGCAGCGCUUUAUGAUCUCGAAUAUUAUGUUCACCAGGUGGACAAUGCCAAGGAUUUCCUGUCCAUGGGUGGGCUCCAGCUGGUGAUCGAGGGGCUGAACAGCAGCGAGGCCUCGCUGAAGGAACACGCUGCCUUCGUCCUGGGAGCUGCCCUGUCCAGAUUUUGGACUGAAAACCAGGAGAAAGGAAAGAGGGGGAGGGCAAGCAACCCCAAAGUGCAGAUCGAAGCCAUCGAGGGGGGUGCCUUGCAGAAGCUCCUGGUUAUCCUGGCCACAGAACAGCCCCUGGCUGUCAGGAAGAAGGAGGACAGAGGUUUUAAUUUCCAGAUCCUGUGCUGUGUGCAGUGUCCUGUGUCUCCAGACUGGAUCCCAAGGCCAGGCUGGUGGCCCAGCCCAUUCCUGCACAUGGCAGCAGCCCUGGGCUCCAGCUCCGAUGGUUUUUCCGCCCUGGUGCUCACAACCCUGCACGGCAGCGAGGCCAAAAGUGCAUUCCUUCCCUCCGCCGUCCUCUGGCCUGCGAUUCAAAAGGGAGACAGCAGCAUCUCAAAUCCACCAGCAGCAACGCGGAAAAUGGAAAAUAGAAACAAAGGGGAGCGGGGAAGACGCGGCUGUCAGCUCGGAUCUGUCCGUGCGGAGCGGGCGCGGCCCGGCCCCCGUGUGGGGAGCCGGGCAGGCCCCGCCGAGCCGCGCGUCCCCUGCCCCAGGCGGCCCGGCCGUCCCUGCGCCACCGCGCUGUCACAGCCAGCCAGGGUGACAGGCAGCGCUGGGCUGGCCCCUAAUUGCCUCCUCGGCUCCGAGCCAAGGCCCUGCGGCACUGCAGGGUGCUGGGCUCUGGCUGGUGGCGUGUGGGGCUGCACCCUGACAGGGCCUGGGCCGGGGCUGCGGAACGCCAUGGCCUUGUCCUCCGACUGUGGGGGCAUGGGGACAUCGCCCCUGGCAUCCAAAUCACCUCGUAGGGAUCAGGCUCUGCUGGUGGUGCUGGACACUCCUCACCCCAUUGUGGGGGUGAACAUGGAGAAGUGAUGGGGUUGGGACUGUCAGGGGCUGGCCACAGGCCCCUCAGUGACAGCCCAGACUGGGGUUUGAAUAAGUACCCACGAUUUGGCAGCCUCACAGUGCUGGGGAGGAUUGGGAUUGCAAACAGGACUGCUGGAGAUGUCCCUCAGCAAGGAGAGGUUGGGAUGCAUUUUCUUUGGAGCUCCGCACAGAUGGGCUGGAGUGUGUUUCUGCUGUCCCCAUGGGGUGCCAUCAAGAGGGGCCGUGCCACAUGGGAUGGCCACGGCCACCUUGCUGAUUGCCCUCUCUUUCUC